AUGGCCGGAAACUUUUCCAAUACAUCGGGAGAUACGCGGCGGGGAGUAUCUUCUCCUCGACCGAAGGGGCGUGAAACCAAAAACACCUUCUGCCGUAAUGUCAGUAUAUAUGGCCAUUGUCGUUACGAGAACAGUGAGUGGCUCGCAUGCCCAUAUAUCCAUGAUCCUUCCAAGCUGAAUCAAAAUGAGAAUACCAAGAAGCGCUUCAAUGUCGACUCGCCUUCUUUCACCCCCUUGCAACCCAGCACAAACGGGUCUUUGACGCCUUCUGCCAGGGGGAGCGCUAUAUCCCCCAAAGCCGCGAAUGCUGCCGUCUUUACGCCCAAGUCGCAACGCUCAAAUACAAGCACGCCGAGCAUACACAACAAAGAAAUUACGCAUGAUUGGCACGCUCAAGACUUUCAGGAGUUUGUGCCUCAAAACUUUGACAGUCAAUUGGUCGAUCCAAGUGCAACAGCAUCUGCAUUGGGUUAUGAUCCCUUUAGCAGUUCAAGUCUGCAAGGCCUUACCGGUUCUGGUCACCAAUCAGCUGCACUGAAUCCGUAUGCCCAAGAUCCCACUGGCAUGUCAGGGGCGUCCUACUUCCAGAAUGCAAAUACCUUCCAAUCUGCUCCGUCGUACCAUCUAUAUUGGCCUACUGGGCCACAACCAACGAACUUACUAGCGUACCAGCGGACAGCACACGACUUCUUCAUCCCCGAUGCCCUCCGCGAAGAACUCCAGAAAAAAGCCGAAGUAGCUCGUCAGAUCUUGCCAAACUCUUCUCUGCCACCCAUUGAUCAGUACCAUUCCCUCGUCUGCCUCGACACCGUUCAGAACAAAAGCCAGUCUCUGUUUGGUUAUCCAAGCUGGGUCUACAAAGCCGUUUCAAUCAAGGAUGGACGAACGUACGCGUUGAGGCGGCUCGAAAACUUCCGCUUAACCAGUGACAGUGCCAUUCGGUCGGUUCAACCUUGGAAGAGGAUUCUCAAUGGUAAUGUUGUCACCAUUCACGACGUCUUCACGACUCGCGCAUUUGGAGACAGUUCUCUCAUCGUUGUGACGGAUUACCAUCCUUGCUCCAAAUCGCUGGCCGAGGAGCACUUCAAGCCGGCACAAGCGCCACCCCGGUUCCUCGGACGACAGACUACCUCAAACUUUGUCCCCGAGCAGGUUCUCUGGGGAUACAUUGUGCAGAUUGCAUCUGCUCUAAAGGCUAUACAUGGGGCCGGCUUGGCUGCAAGGCUCAUCACACCAUCCAAAGUCAUUCUCACCUCGAAGAACAGGGUCCGUUUGAACGCUUGUGCCAUCAUGGAUGUGAUCCACGCUGAGAACAGUCGCCCGAUCUCCGACCUUCAAGCGGACGACCUCGUGCAACUUGGGCGUCUCAUAUUAUGCAUUGCUAACAACAAUGCGAAUGCCCAGUCAAACCCAAAGGCGAUAGAACAGCUCAGUCGUAGCUAUACUGCUAGGCUGAAAGAGUGUAUUCAAUGGCUCAUCAGCCCGCAGCCGCCAUCCGGCACGCCUACAUCUCCCUCUGGAGGCGAUACCAUGGCAAAAGACAUUGACAACUUUCUUGGAGGUAUCGCCGACCAAUUUGCUGCAGUUUUCGACAGCAAUCUCCAUGCAGAGGACACGCUCACGCAUCACCUCAGCCGCGAGCUUGAGAACGCCAGAAUCGUCCGCCUCAUGGCCAAGCUCAACAUGAUCAUCGAGCGACCAGAAGUAGACAUGUCACUGGCCGGCUCUGGUAGUAACGCGUUCCACCCUUCUUCGUCGUGGUCGGAGACAGGUGAAAGAUAUUACCUCAAACUGUUCCGAGACUACGUCUUCCAUCAGGUGGAUGCGAACGGUCGGCCCGUGUUAAACCUGGCGCAUGUUCUGGAUUGUUUGAACAAACUGGAUGCCGGGACUGACGAGAGGAUAACGCUCAUUACGCGGGACGAACAAAACAUUCUCAUCGUCAGCUACAAGGAGUUGAAACGAGCGACGGAGUCUGCGUUCCAGGAAUUGUUGAAGGCUUCCAGGUCGUCAGCGACGAGGUAG